AUGCCCCUCAAGGUCGGGGCGCCGAUGAUGCAUGAAACCUGCAAUACCACACCUCCUACCUUUGAUUCCCCUCCUAGCCUCCAAAGGAAUUGGCAACCUCCUCAGAAUGCCGAGUUACCUUUGUUCAGACGGACGUCAUUAUCUGCAGACUUUGGGAAUACGAGCCAGAUGCGUCAUCGGAUUGUGGCCAAGAAUUUGUUCCUGAAGCGAGAACUCAUCGACACACCAGACGCGAUCGAUCUCGCGGGUUUUGCUUCACACAUCCGAACCAUUGGAGCCUUGCAAGUCCUACAUGCCACAACCAAUGCCAGAUCUACCUGUGCAUUGCCAUUGCAAGUUGGCUCCGAUGUUGGCUCCGGCGAACAUCGCACUAACAGCAUGUUCCUGAGACAGCUCAUGCGGCCUGUCACGGGGCCUGGAGCCAUCGAGGUACACGGUAGUUGGAGACGGGCACAACGGAAGACAGGGAGCCAGCCGGUCGGCCCAAGCCCAUGUAGGCAAAUGGAAUCGGCUGAUGGUGCAGGUGCUGCAGAAAGACUUCCCAAAGCGAGAGGAGCCGGUGCUGAUGUUUCGAACUUUCGUCUGGGGAAGCCUGCAACGUGGAAGAUUGCGUUCGGAGGCUGGGGGUGGAACGGGGCGUCAACGUUGGUCGUCCAGAAGUCGAUGGAGCCAUAG